AUGAUCUCGUGUGCGAAGCAGCAGAGCUGGCUGGGAGAGGCCGGCAGAGGCCCCAGGUCCAGUUCUCCUCUGUUGGCUCCGGCUUCCCCUGGGAGCUGCUCUGAAAUCCUCUCUGUGCCGGCCGCUGCUGCUGCUGCUGCUACUGCUAUGUACCCGGCUGGGGCUGGGGUAGCUGACUCCCUGCUUCGAAAGAAAGAGCAGAAGGACGAAGAGCUGGACAGGAGAAUUGUGGCACUUAGAAGGAAGAACCAAGCGUUAUUGCGCAGGUACCAGGAGAUUGAGGAAGACCGGAGGCAGGCGGAGCAGGGUGGUAUGGCCGUGACUGCUCCUCGGCCACCUCGGACAGAUGGACUCACCAUUACCAUUACCAAGGCUCAUAGUGAGAAGCGAGUGGUGAGUGAAAGGAGAAUGAGCAGCCAUCCCAACAGCCUCGGCCCAGGAGUGAACAAUGAGGAGGAGCUUGGGGAACAGGAGGAAGAAGAGGAUGAGGAGGAAGAGGAGGAUCACACCUUUACCUUUCGGUUGGGGAAACGGGUCCAGCUGGCAGUGACCAUGGAGAACAAAGCCAAGGGCAAGCGGAUUGUCUCAACCAAGGCUGGGAGCCAAGGGGAGCAAGACCCUCCAAGAGGGGGCUCCAGCCUAGGAAGCCCCAUGCAAAUAGCAAUCACUAUGGAACCUGGACAAAAGGCUAUGGGUUCAGGGACCCAGGAGUUAGGGAGAGAUUAUGCUCGAUGGAAGCAAGAGAGGGAGCAGAUUGACCUUGCACGCCUGGCACGGCACCGGGAUGCUCAGGGAGAGUGGCGUCGCCCCUGGGAUCUGGACAAGUCUAAGCAUACGUUUCAGGAUGCCAGCAAAUCCAGGGAUCUGGGCAUGCCAGCGGGUAGCAGCAAAAAGGGACCCAGGAAUUACCGGAAGUUUCAGUCUCGGCCAUUGCCCCCUGAUGAAAGAGGUGGUGGUGCUCACAGUGGGAACCUAGGUAAACCCAAGGUGGUACCAGCCAUGAGCAGUAAAGCCCGUGGGAAGGACAGGCUAACUGGCCGGGCCCGCAGGUGGGAUACGAAAGAGGGAGAAGAACAAUCCUUUCCCAAGGAUGACUUAGAGAGUCAGGGAUCUCACAACACAAAGAGGUUACAGAAUGAAGAGGAGGACAAACAGAAACAAAGGAGUCUGGAACACAGUGACCAGUGUGGUAUUCAGGAGCCCAGCACUGGCCAGUCUAGCCCAGAUGGGCACCAGAGAGAAAGAGAAGACAAGCUCAGCACUGGUAACCCAAUGUCCAGUCUAGAGUCUAGGUCUUCCCGGAAGGUUGCACCUGUGCUCCCUUUCUUCUCCCCAGGAGAUGCCAACAGCCCUGCACCCAGGGCAAGUGGGAGCAAUAAGCCCACCUCAGGGCCUAGUGUCAAGGAGAGCAACCUAUUCUCCUUUCCUGACAGUUCAGAGCAGGCCCAGAAGCUAAAUAACAAUAUGGCAGAGCUAUGCCUCCAUGACAGCCCUGAACAGAAGACAAGAUCCCAGGAACCCACUGAGGAUGGCUCAGGCCAGGCUGGAAUUCAGGGACAGCUUGGCACAGUGAGACAGUCCAGCCAGAAAAACCAACCAAAGGGAAAGAGUGACAAGAAGAGUGGUGAACAGGGCUAAAAUGAACCCCAGAAGAUGAGUGAAGAGAGAAAAGCAGGAACUCCUUUGGGCAUCACUACCUGUGGUUAACUCCCUUGAGUACCUGUUAUUAUCCUUCCCUCAUGAAUCUCAUUUCCUGGAUCUCAUCAUUUAGGCCCCAGAUUUCAUCAUAUAUUUCCCUUUGCCAACUUUUUCCUCCCGAGCAUUGCCCAUUGCUGUCCAUCUCUGACUUUUUUAUCUUAGCUACGCUUUUUACCUGCCAGAGGAGGUUCUUCCCUUCGCCAGAAAAAUGAACCAUGGACAGUUCAAAAGAUAUGGGAUCCUUCUGGUGCAUGAUUGAAGAGGUGGAAUAUAUGAGGAAUGGAAGGAAAUUCAUGAUCCUGGCUGGCCACGUGUAUUGCUGUAUAUACUGCAGAAUGCUGGGCGGCCUUGGACUUUCUCCCUUCUAGGAUCACAAUCUCUACUUUCAUGGUGUGAAAAAUCAGUGUACUGAAAUGAAAUAUUGCCUUUAAAAGAGGUCUGAGUGGGACUGUGCUGGGUUCUUACAGUAGGGAGUAGGGAAAAGAGGAAAAAAAAGUUUAGAACUCUGAGUUUGGUGUGAGGGUAGAGUAAGAAAAUACUUUCAAGGCUUGAGGAUAUUUCUGUUCAUGUGGAAGUAGGGCCCCUGAGGGAUAUAUUUUUGGACUCUAGGAUAAGAUGGAAAACCCAGUUCCUAGCUGGGGACACUGGAAGACCCUUAUCUUCUAGCUAGACAUAUAUAAUUCCCUUUAGUUGGUAUAAAGCAUUGGAAUUCCUCUUCCCCAAAAGAAAACUUUGAUUGGGGGGGGGGAGCCUGGCCUUGAAUUCUGAUGACCUCUAACCCCUGAUUCUGAUAAACUCUAAUCCCUGCCCUCAAGAAGCAGCUGACUGUCCAGAUGUGCUGCCUUCUACAUUGAGAAAUUUGUGUGGUUGUGUCUGCAUGUGUGACACUAUGGGAUGAGGGAUGUAGAAUAAGGAACUGUGAGCAAUGAUUUACGUUCUCUAGUGGGUUCCUGAGCUGGAGGGAUCCAGGGUGGGAUGGUAGUGAAGAGGUGACAUUUCACUUGAUGGGAGGCAGCAAUCUCAACUUUGCAGAGUAUUUCCCAAAAAAAUGUCAGGAGAAACAAUGCCACAGAUUCAGGUUUUAACCUACAUCAGAUGCUGAAGAGAAUGGUGAGUAGUUAUGGAAGGAACAUACAGUUUCUCAACUGAAGGGAAAUUAUAAUCUAAGACAAAUAAAAUUAAGCAUUCCUGACGAAA